UGAAUGAAGUUCAGCGGAUGCGAGGAAUUUUGCGCCCGCGCGGAUUCACGUUAAACUCUUUCCUCGCGUCGUCAAUACAUGGAACCUGUUCCAAGCGACUUUAAAAUUGUGACUCGCUGCUUUGCCUGUAUCUCGGCUGAGUUUGAACUGUGUUUUGUGGAGUAACAGGUUUAAUGAGGCGCGCUUGUUUGAACAUUACAGCAUGAUACAAAGCUACUAUUAACUACGUUUUUACAGUCACUCGCCCCCAUAUUCUCAUCGCAGGAUACCUGUGGACUGUUGGAGAACAUGCAGCCUUCAUAAGUGGCUUCACAGUGCGUGUCAUUAGAGUUUAAUAUACAGCACAGUCAAUGGGACGUCAGUCAGAUUAGAAAACAUACAGGGCACAUUCAAGUCAUCGAGCUGCCUUGGAAAUGUCGGCGAUAUCUGCGUGCGAGAAAGUGGAUGGAUUCACGCGGAAGUCUGUGAGGAAGGCUCAGAGGCAGAGGGUUGGUCAGGGCUCGUCUCAGUUCGCGGUGAACAGCAGCAGGCCCUCGGCUCCGGAGAUCUCCGCGCUCCCGCAGCUCAAAGAUGCAUCUUCCACAGAGCAGCAUGAGCUGUUCGUGCAGAAACUACAGCAGUGCUGUGUAAUGUUCGACUUCUACGACACGGUGACUGACCUGAAGAGCAAAGAGACCAAACGGGCCGCUCUCGGUGAACUGGUGGAUCAUGUGUCCACUAACAGAGGAGUUCUGCUGGAGCCUGUCUACCCCGAGAUCACCACAAUGGUUAGCACAAACAUUUUCCGAACGCUUCCACCCAGUGAUAACCCUGACUUUGACCCAGAGGAAGAUGAACCCACUCUAGAAGCCUCCUGGCCACACAUGCAGUUGGUGUAUGAGUUUUUCCUUCGAUUCCUAGAAAAUCCAGACUUCCAGCCAAGCACCGCCAAACGCUACAUUGACCAGAAGUUUGUGCUACAGCUCUUACAACUGUUUGACAGUGAAGAUCCUCGUGAGAGAGAGUUUUUAAAAACGAUUCUGCACCGCAUCUACGGGAAGUUUCUGGGUUUGCGUGCCUGUGUUCGGAAACAGAUCAACAACAUUUUUCUGAGAUACAUCUAUGAAACUGAACACUUUAAUGGAGUUGCUGAACUCCUUGAGAUUCUGGGAAGUAUCAUCAAUGGCUUUGCUCUGCCGCUGAAGGCUGAACACAAGCAGUUCCUCACCAAGAUCCUCAUUCCCCUGCACACUGCCAAAGGACUGGCGCUGUUCCACGCUCAGCUGGCGUACUGUGUGGUUCAGUUCAUCGAGAAGGACCCGGCCCUGACUGAAGUGGUGGUUCGUGGUCUUCUUAAAUUUUGGCCCAAGACGUGCAGUCAGAAGGAGGUCAUGUUUCUAGGGGAAAUUGAAGAGAUCCUGGACGUUAUUGAACCCACGCAGUUCAAGAAGAUUCAGGAGCCUUUAUUUAAGCAAAUCUCUAAAUGUGUAGCCAGCGCUCAUUUUCAGGUAGCAGAAAGAGCACUGUACUUCUGGAACAAUGAAUACAUUCUGAGUCUAAUCGAGGAGAAUAAUGCAGAAAUCCUUCCCAUCAUGUUUGGAAACUUGUACCGGAUCUCCAAAGAACACUGGAACCAGACGAUCGUGGCCCUGGUGUACAAUGUAUUAAAAACACUGAUGGAGAUGAACAGCAAACUGUUUGAUGAACUGACGGCCUCAUACAAAGAUGACAGACAACGAGAGAAGAAGAAAGAGCAGGAACGAGAGGAACUGUGGAGGAAGCUGGAUGAACUCCGACUUCAGGAGAGAACAGCCAUCCAGAAUAACAGGCAUGAGAUCCAGUUCACGUACAACAAUAACAAGAAGAACCGUCAGGAUAAAGAUGAAAACACAGCCGCAGCAGCCGUCACAGACAGAGCUGAGAGUGACACCUGGGCCAAAUAACACUGCCCUCGCUUGUCUUUUUCUCUGUAUGAUCCUGAGAGAGCAGUGAGGAUAUGGACCUUCAGCAAUCAUCACCUUACAGAUUUUAAACCUGUGUAAAACUAAAUCAGAAUGCUAUUUUCUCCUGCUAAAGGAUAAUAUAUUUUCUGUAUGUAAGUCUAUUUUGGAUGUAAAGUGUGGUUCUAGUAAAUUACAAAUUUUUGUCUAAUCAAAGAUGUAAGAUUUCCACCUGCAUUGCAAGAAAUCAUUUUCUGAAAGUGCGAUCACGUUUACUGCCAUUUACACGAGUGAAAUUCAGAAGUUUCAAUAGAAACCCAAGUGUUCAGGAAUUUGGUAUUGUGAUGAAAGACUUCCUAGGUUAACCUGCAUUGGUUCAGGUGGGUCAUGUGGAUUCUCCACUGUCCAAUAGAAAGCUGCUAGUUUAAAAAAUGUGCCAGAUGUGUGAGAUUUAAUCAGUACUUUGCCUUUUUCCCCCACCUGAAAUAGUUCGAAAUAUGUAAACAAAAUACAUUUGUAAUAGAACGACCAAUAAUAAUAUUAGUUUAAGAUGAUACAUCUUGUUAAAUGGGAAUAUAGCUUGAAGUAACUUAUUUCUUGAGAUAUAUUCUCUAAGAACUGUUCUCAAACAAUUUGGCUUCUGAAUUUGUUUCCGGAAAAUAAGACAAAAAUACUGACAAAAGAAAACCUUUUUGUUUCUUGAGGCUAUAUUUAGAGACAUAUGAGCGAGCUUUGACAAUUAAAUGUCUUUUUAAAAACACUACCACGAAUCUGGAGUUUGAACUAUAUUUGACCAUAAAUGUGACCUGAGCUGAAUAUUAAGAUUUGUUGCUUAUAGUUCACAUGAUACAUAAAGAUAUACUCCAUGGAAGUGUCAAAAAUGAGCCUUAGAAAUGCAAAAAGUGAAGCACAAAUGUAGUGAACGUGGUCAGAAACCCCUGUCCAAGUAUUUACAGUAUAUAUAUAUAUGUUUUCUCAUAAUACCAGCCUUGCAUUAUAAAUGCAACCUCUUUAAAUACUAUAUUUUAAAUAAAAACACAUUGCUUUCUAUACCAUUCAGGUCACUUACUAUACAUUUCACAGGUUGCGAUUAAAACAAACAGACGAUAGACGUAACUUAACUCAGGGAUAACUAAGGUUUUAGGUUUAUUUAGUCAAAGACAGAACAAUAAUGUUUAAAGAAGCAAAAGAUAUUCUAAAUGAGACUCACUGACAUUCCAUUCAACGUUCUAUUGGUUUGCUUCAACCAAAAAUGGUCUCAAUGCUGUUAGGUUAGACUCUCUGUUUUUUUCUUCUGUGAGAAUGUGUAAAAUAACCUUGUGGUAAUGUGCUAUCCUGCAUUAAAAUGCCAGGCUG